AGAGAGUGCCUGCUUUAACAGCUGGAUUAAACAAGGUAUGUAAAACUACAAUUCUCAUCUUCUCUCUGUUUUUGCUGAGGUUUAUGCAUGUCUUAAGAUCAAUCUGUGUCAGAGACAGAGUUUACAAUCGAAUCUGGUGCAUAUUUAUCCGGAAGUAAACCCCACAGAGUUCAAAGGGACUUACUCCCAAGUAAAUAUGCUUAAGAUUGCGGCAGUUCAACAGGGAACUAUCAUAAAAACCACAUCAAAAUGUGCUCUAUUAGAGAUGAAUAUGACUUAGAACUCAGGACUAGAUCUAAUGAGAUUACAUUACAGCAGGGGAGAGUUAAGUGGUGUUAAUAUUAGGAGAAAGUUCUUGAUGGUAAGAGUGAUUUGACAAGGGAACCAAUGGCACAGAGGGAUGGUGAGCUUUCUCUCCAUGAGCCUUUUUAAUAUUUGGUGGAAGCCGCCCAGAGUGGCUGGGGAAAGCCAGCCAGAUGGGUGGAGUAUAAAUAAUAAAUGAUGAUGAUGAUGAUGAUGAUGAUGAUGAUGUAGAGGGUGUAUGGUCCAGUUUCAGUCAGAAAAAGGCAGCAAGCCAAAGGUAACCUGCCUUUAGAAAGAGAAGAGAGAAAAUAGAUUAUACAAUUGGGACCUUCAGCACAAUGUACUCACUGACUUCUCCAAUCAUGCCUUCCUCCAUACUUUUCCUCCUUCUGCCUCUCACCUGGUUCUCCUCCCAGAUAGUGAAUAUUCCAUGCCCACUGAGCAAUCUCAGUCCCCGUUGGGAUGUUUUGGGAUUCCUACACCUUUAGGGAUUUCCACUAAAUAAGCUUUGCACUUCUGCAAGCUGGGGUUUUCUGCCAAGCCUGCUAGUACUUAUCUCUUGUGUGUGGAUGGUGUUUCAUUUUGUUCUGGAUAAGGUUUCAUAGAUACCUCAGAACUUUGGGAUUAUGAAGCCUCUGAGCCCAGAGUCCUGAAGAAAUGAACACACAGAGAGAUCUAGGUGCAAAGGCUUCCCCCACUCAGAGGUCCACACAUGGAUCAUAGAAUCAUAAGAGUUGGAAGGCACCUAAGCAUCAUCUAAUCCAACCCCCUGGAUGUUGGGGUUCAGGGUGAGGGGGUCAUAUAGGAAAGUGUGUGAGUCAGUAUUGCCAGUUUUGCCUACGCAGGCUGGCAGCAUCUCUCAAGGGUUUCAGGGCAGAAAUCAUAUAAUUGCAGAGUUGGAAGGGGCCACGAGCAUCAUCUAGUCCAAUCCCCUUCAAUGCAGGAAUAUUUUGCCUACGGGGGACUCAAACCCAUGACUCUGAGAUUAAGAGUCUCAUGCUUGACUGAUGGAGCUAUCAGGAGCUCUUCCCAGCCCUGCCUGGAGACUGUGGGGAUUGAACCUGUGUCCUUCUCCAUGCAAAGCAGAUGCUGUACCACUGAGCCACACCCUAAACCUCAUACAACCUCAGAAGCAGGGCCAACUGCACGUGGGCCUCCUUCAUGCCAUUAGCCUAUAACAGGGGCUAUUCCCACAAGCAUCUUACAAGACUUAACCUGUGAAAGGUUGGGCAGAGUGCAAUACAGUACAUAGCCAGCUUAGUUGGGUGGAACUGAACUGUGAAUGGCAAGACCUGUUGUUAGAAAACUAGAAGGAGCAUGAGAGGCAAAACUAGACCUGACAGGACAAGAACAAGAUGCUUCAAAUGGAUAGAUAAGCCAUGAAACAAAGGAAUCUGCCAAGCACUACGGAUGGCAACACUUCUUCCAAAGCGGCCCAGCCCAAAGUUCUCCAGGGCAAAUUCUGCUGAGAGCUUGGGACAACCUCUCUGGUGUGCCUGAGCUAAGUGUUUGUCAAGGAAAGAACAGUGGCAAGCUGCCUGGUGUUUACAAAAGUGCUAGGUUCAUGAAGACAUGUGUCCCAAGAUGAUUAAACCUAGGAAAUGCUAUCUUACGUUAACAGGAAGUAUGUGGUAAGCAAUUCUUUGCUUGACAUAUUCAUACAAAGAACAGGAUACAGUUUCCUGUGGGCUAUGGUCAGAGGCGGAUUUAGGGGAGCACGACUGGUUCGGUCACACUGGGUGCAGUCUCAAGGGCACUGCAGCAGGUGCCACAAUUAUGAUGCAUAACGGAAGGCGAGAGGCAGGCAGGUGCUGGAUUUUGGCAUUGUACAGGGUGGCGCUGAAAUUUGAGACCCCAAGGUCUGCCACUGCUGUGAUUUCCUAACCCUGUGGCACAAUUGCAUACCCUGCCUCACAAUCAGAGAAACACACAUGGUGAGUAACCCCAUCAUUCUAGUCGUGAUGGCCUUCUUCUGACCCCACUGUCUAAGACAGUCUGCAUCUGUACACUAGUUGUGGGAAUCGGAGGAGUGCUGUUGCACUCAGGUGCUGUCAGGAACGUAGCCCCACUAGAGCACAGCGGAAGAGUCAGCUGCAGAAAUUGAGCUAAGCGAGCAAGGGGCAGAGGAGAGCUGUGUGUAAGAGUUUAGAGAGGACAGCCCAGCCCUCCUCAUUCCCAGCGAAAAAGCUAUUAGCUACCAAGGAGAGGAAGAGUUGGAAGUCGGCCCGAGUGUUGCCAGGCAACUAGCAGAUAAGCCAGAGUCUGAGGCUGCGUCUUCUGGGAGUGAGGAGGAGACGGACCAGACAUUCAGUCCCUGUACUAGGAGGCGGAAGAAGCUCAGUGAACGACGUAAGGGAAGGAGAAGAAAGGAGAUAUUUUGGCGUUCUUCCUGUGAGCCAGUGUGGUGUAGUGGUUAAGAGUGGUAGUUUCGUAAUCUGAUGAACCAGGUUCGCUUCCCUGCUCCUCCACAUGCAGCUGCUGGGUGACCUUGGGCUAGUCACACUUCUUUGACUUCUCUCAGCCCCACUCACCUCACAGAGUGUUUGUUGUGGGGGAGGAAGGAAAAGGAGAAUAUUAGCCGCUUUGAGACUCCUUUGGGUAGUGAUAAAGCAGGAUGUCAAAUCUAAACUCUUCUUGUUGUUAUUGGGAGAGAGAUGGUGAGUCAGACUGAGCAACUACUGUUAAUGAGAGCAUCCAGGAGGCCGUGCUCUGAAUGUGUGUUUUUCUUGUAAAUAAACUUGCAUAAAACUGAUGGAGAGUCGUUACUGCUUCUCAAGCUGCUUGCAUGCCAGAGAUCAUUACAGGUGCUGCUUGUGGGCUUCCCAUAGGCACCUGGCUGGCUACUGUGAGAAAAGGAUGUGGGACUAAGCUGGCAGGCCCAGAGGAACUCUAGAAAUAUCACCACUGUCUGGAAAGCAUGGUCCUACCCUGAAACCUGACUUGAAUGAGGAAAGGGAAGGGCCAUCAUUGAAAGGAGAAUGUGUACCCAGUUGUUCAGGUAGACAACUGAGAAUAAUAAUGGCAUGAGCUUCCAUUUAUUAUGCAGGAAAAGAACUGUGCCCUGGGGUUUUAAAAGUUUUUGAAACACUGGUCCAUCUCUUCUUGCAGAGAGAAUAUGAACUUUCUAGCCAAUGUAUAUUUUUCUCACCAAGAUGGAAUAUUGGUAGGGUCAUGAUAGGGUUGCCAUAUUUCAAUCAGUGAAAAUCCAGACAGAUAGAUUGUUGAGCUUUUUUUUUGGGGGGGGGGAGUUGUUGAGCUUAAUUUGUUUGCAUUUUUGAGCAAAGUUGUUGAACUAUUUUGGAGACUUUGCAAAAGAAGGCAUUUUAGACCUUUUUUAAAGGAAAAGUGGCAAAAACGACACUGCCGACAUGGGCUGGCAUACGUUAGGAUUUUCCAGGACAUUUCUGUGAUUUCUGCCCGGACACUGCUUCCAAAUGCAGUAUUCCAGAUAUGUCUGGGAAAUAUCUGCAUAUCCAGGUAGGGUUAAAAUUCUGGAGAGCCACUGCCAGCAUACUGUGCUAGAGGGGUUCUAUAUUCUUAGCACUUGCUUGUGUAAACAGUCCGUCACCAAGUCAUGUGGCAACUGCCCUUGACAAAAUGUGCAGAAACAUCUGGAAUGCAUUGUUCAAGUUGCAUCCACAUAUAUGAUGUAAUUAAGAACUGAACAGAUAAAUGAAUUAUUUGCAACUCUCCUAAACCGAAAGCUUGGCCUUUUUAAUUUCUUAAGUCAGGAUCAAUGUGCCAUAAUGAAAGACUUUUGGCAGAAGAAAGACUUCAAACCACAUUACUAGUAUCUACUGCUAGAAAACUAACGCAAGACAGGCAGGAAGACAGUUUCUGUGGUCCAAAUGACUGAUGGCUUUUUCCGGACUGCUUAUCUUUCAGGCCAGUUGCCUGAUCAUCAAAAGCUUCCAGAAUUUCUUCAGUAGGAAAGAGGCAUGCACAACGGUCCCUGGUGAACAUGCGAACAGUUUUAAAGCUUAUUCUCUCUCUCUCUAACUAGGUUUAAAUAGCAAUGGAGGAACUGAGUACAGCCAAUGGUGGUUUUGCCAUUGAUUUUUUCAAACACGUGUGCAAGGCUCAAAGCAACAAAAACAUCCUAUUCUCACCAUGGAGCAUCUCGUCUGUUAUGGCCACACUGUAUCUUGGGGCUAAAGGCCAUACUGCAGAGCAGAUAGCAGAGGUAAGCUUUGUGCUAUUAAUAACUUAAAUCGGGGUUAGGGAACUGGGUGUGGCCAACGAGCUAGAGUCUUAUCUCUGUAGAUAAGUUUGGGUCAAGUUUGACAGUGGGUGAGAUUAUCUCCACCUGUCGUCCACUUGAUCUCACAAUGACAUCAGGUGACCCAUUGUGCAAAGGAUGGAUAAGAACCAAGACCUACCCACCCCUCUAAAAAAGAUGAGCACCUCCAUUAAGCAAAGGCCUGGGUAAACAGAAAAAUCUUAGCCCAGUGCCUAAAAACUGACAGAGAUGGCGCCAGGUAGAUCUCCCAUUUCAUAGAUGGGGGGCCACCACUGAAAAGACCUGUUCUCAUGUGGUCACCUUCCACACUUUUCUCAUGCGGAGUGCACAUAUUAAGACUGUGGGAAAUGGGCAUGUUCAUAUGGGGUGAAGUGGUAUAUAUAAAUUACACACAAGAGAAACAGGUGCUCAAUCUUGCUCCUGGUCCCCGGGGUGUAAUGUCAUUUUCUCUAUGCACUCUCAAGAGCAGAGGCCUAACUCAAUCUACUUGCAUAGUUUCUGGAGCAUGUAAAUCCUACCAGCAGUGUUGGAUCCCGCUGUGCCUGGAAUUGCAUUGUCCUGCUUUGCACAGAUUGCUAAGCCGUAGUUAACAUUUGAGGCUGGGGAGAAAUUAGAUUUAGUUUGUGUGUACAGGCCAAUGUAUCCAUUUCAACUUUCCAGAGUAAUGCAAGAGCCAAUAUGAGAACACAAUGAUCCUUUGAAAUUUGCACUCAUCUGAAUUUUGUGGUCAACUAAUUAAACUAUAGUGUUUACAGAAAUGCACAUUCUAGCUUAAGGUCUGCUUUAAAAUGCAUAUAUUAGUGAAAACAAUACAGAAAAAUACUUUAUAUUAAGAAAAUUGCUUUACAAAAAUGUGUAUAUUCGGCAAAAUUGCAUACAAGAAUAGGUGUAAUGGAAGAAAUUCACACAAAAUUCUGGGAAAUUUUCAGGCGAACCCUUUGUUUAAAAAUGCAAACCAAUACUGUGGUACCUCGGGUUAAGUACUUAAUUCAUUCUGGAGGUCCGUUCUUAACCUGAAACUGUUCUUAACCUGAAGCCCCACUUUAGCUAAUGGGGCCUCCUGCUGCCGCCGCGCCGCCAGAGCAUGAUUUCUGUUCUCACCCUGAAGCAAAGUUCUUAACCUGAAGCACUAUUUCUGGGUUAGCGGAGUCUGUAACCUGAAGCGUAUGUAACCUGAAGCGUAUGUAACCCAAGGUACCACUGUACAGAAAUGUGAACAGCUUAAUUUGGAAAAAGGAGACAAUUGGAGAUAGAUAAAGCUGAGAUAUCUUUAGCUUUUGGGAGGGUUCACUAUGGUGAACAUCAACUAAUGUUUAUAAAUCAACUUACAUACCACGGUUAAUGACUGCAAUUGUAACCGCAUGACUUUAUACGCCUCACGUAACAACUUCUUAUUGCUUAUGUUUUUCUUUGGGUUUGUUUUGAAUUGCAGGUGCUUCACUUUAACAAAUCUGGGAGAAGUGAGGCUGCCCAUGCUAUGAGACACCCACGCGUGUACUCCAAAAUGGAGGAGCUGUUGAAUAACCCCUGCAUCGCUAUUCGGAAGGUAAUUUUUGGAAAAACCAAAUUUCAUCUCAGACGAAUGUAUGCAGGCCAGGUUUUUUGUUUGUUUUUUAAAACAGACUUUGGUGUUAACUUCUUUUCCAGCCUACUUUGUCCCAGUUCACUUGGCGAUUUGGAAAGAAUGUCCUAGCUGAUACAAAGUUUUAGCUUUCAAAAAAACCAACACUUUAAACCAUCAAGUAUGUGGAUAAGCACAGAGAAAAUAGUUAUCACUGUUAUGUGACAGAGCAACCAUGACACAUCUGCCCUCCCUUUAAAAAUACCAUGCAAUGUACAUUCAUUGGCAAUUGAGUUACAUGCAGCUUGAAUAUAUGGAUGUUUACUGGCAAGCAGUGGCGUAGCGUGGGUUGUCAGCACCCGGGGCAAGGCAAGUAAUUUGCGCACCCUAACCCGUGGAUUUUAGCACUCGAGUCUCUUCCGCCCCCCGCCCCCCGAUGUUGCGCCCGGUGCGGCUGCCCCCCCUGCACCCCCCACGCUACGCCACUGCUGGCAAGCAAGAUUGUAAGAAAUUACUCCCAGCUAAGUGUGCAUAGGGAAGCAGCCAUAGUCUCUUUUAACAACACUGCUUUGUUACUUGACAGAAAUCUGGAUGUCUUAGAGUCAACAGAAAUAUAAGCUGCAAUAAAAGAACAGUGGAACUUAAGCAUAUAUUCCCAUUUACAUCCAUUGCAAUGAAUAUGACUUGGGCAUUCUUAAGUCUCUCCGGAUGUAUCUUGUCAUGGAGAAACCUAGAUAUGGGUAUCUGGGUAUGCUUUUCUGGAAUAUAUUCCAAGGGAAAUAACUGGCGCAGACCACACCCCAGUUCCACGUGGAAACUUAAAAAGGUAUUAACCUCCCCAGACAAACUUUGGAGAACUGUUUGCUUCAUCUUGUAGCUAACAAGGAAAAGAUUAAGAGCCUUCACACAAGUGGAGCUGUUUGCAUGUUAACACCCUAUUCCAGCAGUGGUUCCUUAUUGCAUCUGUUGUGGAGACAGGAGAAUCUAUCAAUUUUGGUUUCUAAUUUUUUCCAAUUUUUGAUAAAGUUCUCCACAUUUCUGCAUCUGCUUGGGAUUUUCAUGAGUCCGCCUCAUCGGCAUUCUCCUAACAUACAUCUUUUUAGAUGCAGUUUUGCCUCUCACAUACUUUUUUUGCAGGCAAUUUCCCCUCACUCAAUGCAUCUGAUAUUAUUUUUUACUAAUAUCUGCAUUUUAGGCAAAUUUACCGCUGCUAUGAACACUUCUUUGGUUGGAGAAGUGAAUCACAAAAUCCAGAGAAUUGUGAAUUUCAAAUUCAGACCACGGGAAAAGAAGGGGAAAGGGGAAAGGAGACAAGAUGUGUUGACAAUGCGGGUUAACAUAAAUGUGUGGCCUAAGGGGGAUAAAUGAGAGGUAAUGCGGGGACAAAACAAACUGCAGUAAGAGGUAAUGGCUGAAUGUGGGAUUAAUCAAUGUUGCAAUUCUCUGUUUAAGCCCUCUCCUAAAACAUCAAGCAACAUACAUUCAAGAUUCCUGGAACUUAGUCAAGAAAUCAACAAACCUACAAAGCAUUUUCUGCUUCGAAGUGUCAGCCAGCUAUAUGCAGACAAAUCGGUGCCUUUCCAAAAAGUGAGUGGAGCCUGUAGAUGUGACUCUGGGAUCAGAGUUGAGAAUUUAAUAAAAACAUGGAAUAACUGCCUAUUACAACAAUAGGAGUGUAUUCAAAAUUUUAAUUUGCUUCUGUGUGUGUAGGAUGAUCUUAGUAUCCUGUAAACUUUGGUUUCACCCUCAUUGGCAUGGCUGCAAUGCCUUAAGAGUAUUUUUUUACCUUUAAGGAAUUCAUAUUGUCAAUGAAGAAAUACUAUAAUGCAGAGCCACAAACAGUAAACUUUCAAGAAGCUGCGGAAGAAGUCAGAAAAGAGAUCAAUUCUUGGGUUGAACACCAGACAGAAGGUGAGCUCAAAAUGGCUUCUCCUCGAAAUUGGGAACUGCUAAAUAUGUGUUAUGAUGAAAUUCAGAUUGGAAGGUGUUGAGGAAGUCUUCUAGCAAUGUAAAUAUACCAGGGAAUAAGAAGGGGGGGGGAUCUUAUUUUAUCUUUUGCAUUUUUAUUGUUGUUAAGUUUUUAUGUUGUGUUAAAUGUAAUGUUCUUUUCUGUGUUUAUGUUUGUGUAUUAUAAGAGAAAACCAAUUUUUUUUUUUUUUGGAAAAAACAAAAACAAAAUGGUUGCUCUGCUAUAGGCCUGGGCGAUAUAUUGAUAUAUCGCCCAGGACCGGUAUGUGGGUGCAGACUGUGAUGACAACUUCACUCAGCAGUAUAUUGUUGGUGAAACCAUAACUGCUUUUGAGUCCCUCUGUCUCCAGUGCCCAGUGUGCUGAGGGACAAAGAAACUAGCUGGGAGCUGGAGGCAGCGGGACUCAAGAGCAGUGCCGGUUUCACCAGCAAUAUACCGCUGGUGAAACAGCCAUUGCACUCUGCCCCAGCAGAGGGAGGAUCAAGCUGAAUCGGUGAUGUGCCAGUACAGCUUCUUUCUUCCUCUGCUUCUUUAAGCUGCUUGGCUGAGGAGCGUGCAGCUGCCCUUGCCUCAGCCGAGCAGUUUUACAGAGCACUAUUUCUGGGUUAGCAGAGUCUGUAACCUGAAGCGUAUGUAACCCGAGGUACCGCUGUAAAAAGGUAAAGGGACCCCUGACCAUUAGGUCCAGUCGUGACCGACUCUGGGGUUGCGGCGCCCAUCUCGCUUUAUUGGCCGAGGGAGCUGGUGUACAGCUUCCGGGUCAUGUGGCCAGCAUGACUAAGAUGCUUCUGGCGAACCAGAGCAGCGCACGGAAACGCCGUUUACCUUCCCACUGGAGCGGUACCUAUUUAUCUACUUGCACUUUGACGUGCUUUCAAACUGCUAGGUUGGCAAAAACACACAUAUUAGUGAAAUAGAAAAUGCAUUCUUGUAGUGGGAAAUGUUGUGCAAAAAUGUGUAUAUUUAGCAAAACAUUAGAAAGAUAGGUUGGGGCACGUCCACAGAAAGUUUUAAGGUAAAGUCACAUAUCUUGUUAUCUAAAGAAAACCCUACACUUUUUCAGAUGUGUGCAGCUGACAAAACAUAUGAUGACUUCUUUCUCUCUCCUAUUUCUUCUCCCAAACAAGGUAAAAUACAGAAUCUGUUGAAUGAAGGGUCUAUCGAUUCGCUUACAGAGCUGAUCUUGGUAAAUGCACUGUACUUCAGAGGAAACUGGGCAAAGCCAUUUAAGAAACAAGACACAACACAGCAGCCCUUCAGACUUAACAAGGUAAAUAAUUUCAUACUGCUGAAUAAAAAAAAGGCAAUAAGGCACUUCAAGCUACUAUAGUCCAUUGCCAUGCCUAUGAUGGUAUCAUGUACCUUGUUCUGCACUGUGAAGUAAUGUAAGGGAGAGAGAUCUCUUCUCCAAAUAGCAUACAUAAAAUGCAUUUUUUCCUGGUUCCCCCAUGAAGUUUAAGGCUCAUGGACAUGAAAGCAUAUUUGUCAUAUUGCAGCGAACGAGUAAGCCGGUGAAGAUGAUGUUCCAGCAUGGUAACUUCAAUUGGAACUACAUAAAAGAAGUGAAGACUCAGAUUCUUGAGCUCCAAUAUGUCAACAAUGACCUCAGCAUGUUUAUACUCCUCCCUGAUGACAUCACAGAUGACACCACUGGCCUGGAAAUGGUAAAGAAAAGUAGUACUAUUUAGAAUAUUUUAAAAGGGGGGGUUGCUUUUUUAUUUUUUUAAUUCCAGUUAUUCACUGUGUGUGUAGACAGUGCUUCUUUUGGCAUAUUUUGUGGGAAAAUGACUGAAUUGCUUAGGAUAUAGAAAGAUAGGGAUUUGGAACUUUGUCUUGAUUGAAAAUGACCCUUGAUGUAUUGGAAAUGGGUUCAUUCAUCAUGCCAUGUGGGGAAUCACACAAAACUCAGAAGAGAAAAUUAAUUUCUAGUUAUCCAAAACCCAAGAACAUUGAGAGAAAAAGCUUGUCUUUCCGAAGGUUUUGCAAAUGAGUGUGUUUUCAUAACAUUCAAAGAACAUUUCUACACGUCUAAAGGUGAUGGGUGGAUAUGGGUGUUGCACGCUGAUUUCUCAACAGACGUUCGUGUGUUUGGGCCAAGAAUACAGAUUUUGUGUAAUCAUUUCUGCAGCCGGUGUUGUGUGGAGAAAGUUGAAAGGGAAACCUCCACCCAUAUUACUUGGACCUGGGGGACCCAAUGAAUCAGACUGCUGGAAGAUUUGGGAGAGACAUCAGGAAUACAUGAAAAACUUCCCUAAACAGGGCUGCCUUCAGAUGUCUUCUAAAAGUCAGAUAGUUGUUUAUUUCCUUGACAUCUGAUGGGAGGGCGUUCCAAAGGGCGGGCGCCACUACCGAGAAGGGCCUCUGCCUGGUUCCCUGUAGCUUCACUUCUUGCAAUGAGGGAACCUCCAGAAAGCCCUUGAAGAUGGACCUCAGUGUCCGGGCUGAACAAUGGGGAUGGAGACACUCCUUCAGUUUUCGGGUUUCAGACAUUUCGGAACUCGAACGGUCUUCCGGAAAGGAUUAUGUUCGAAAACUGAGAUACCACUGUAUUCAGUUGGGCUUGUUCAAGUGUUAGCCUCUCAUCUAAAUUAGUCAUAUCCUGCUUUAAUAACCCCAUAGAUAUUUGUAGAUGAAAAUCCUGUUCCAUUUCACCUCUUUUUUUUUUGCAGACACGUAUUUUUCAUCUUGUGAUAUACUGUGUUGACUGUUGAAAACCUUUGACAUUGCACUCAGUGCUAGAAGAAUGCAUUGCAUCAUAGCUGAAAGGCUCUGUAAACUAGCCUGGACUUCAAGAAAUAAUAAUACUUGCAGUGUUUUGCUGUUCAUCAGUCAGUUUAGUGUAUAUUCCCCAAAACGACAUUCAAACACAGCUGUACAUUUAAUUUAGCAAACCUGGAGAACUUUUCCAACUUACUGAUUGUUUGGUUUUCUUUGUGUCUGCAGCUGGAAAAUAAAUUGACUUAUGAAGCCUUAUCCAAGUGGACCAGCCCAGAAGAAAUGGAAGAAAUUGAAGCAAAUGUGUAUCUUCCUAGGACCCAGUUAGAAGAUCACUAUGAGUUAAAGGCAGCUUUGACCAGCAUGGGGAUAACAGACGCCUUCACUGUAGGCCAAGCCAAUUUCACUGCAAUGUCUGAAAAAAGGAACCUGAUUUUGUCCCAAGUUUUCCACAAGUGCUUUGUUGACAUUAACGAAGAGGGCACAGAGGCUGCUGCUUCGACAGGUGCUACUAUAGAUGGGCGAAGUACCGGGGGGGCGACUUUGUUUGCAGCUGACCACCCUUUCCUCUUUUUCAUCCGGCAUAAUGAAACCAAAAGCAUCCUCUUCUGGGGCAGAUUCUGUUGCCCUUAAAGUAUUUCAGCUUUCUCUUAGCAAACAGGAAGGAUCUUGCGGCAGCAGGAAUGUGGCACAACAGAGGCACCGUUUUCCAAAGCUAUGUCUAAAUAUGGUGUUCUCGCCUGUCUUUCCUUUAUUGCUUGCAGGGGGAGUGCUUAUGGCCACAGCUGACAUGUGCUCAGCAAGAAGUCAACUCACUCUCAAACCAUGGCUGUCAGUGGACCUGUACCCUAGUAAUUAUAUAUUUUAAAAAAAUAUUUUAUUAAAUUUGUAUACCACCUUUCAUCUGAAGAUCUCAGGGCGGUUCAUAGCAUAAAAAUACAAGAUAAAAGAACACAAAGCAUAGGAGCCAACUCAUUGGGGCCAAGGGGUCUUCAGCCCCCCAAUAAAAUAUUUGAGGGGGCUGCCCCCCAAGUUAAAGAGCAUUGCCAUUCAAAUGGUGUGCAUGUGCUACAUCAUGUGAUUAUGUGGGGCAGGGCUUACCUGCCCACCAAUAUUUUAUUCAAGCUGGCACCUGUGACACAAGGUACAUAAUAAAAACAAAAACAAAACAAUAAGCCCCCCUUUGCUAAAAACAUAUUUAACUUGGGACUUGGCUACAUUAGUAAAGAAACAGCAAUUUGAAUCCUCUAUAAACGUGCAACACCAGGUGGUGCCAGAGAGCAGGACAUUUUUAUACACAAUUUUCCAUAGGUUUCCCCCCUUUUGUUAUAACUAUCUAAUUUCUGACUUAUUUAUAGCAUCCCCCCCCCCCCCGUGUAGAUCCACCCAUGCUAUGGGAUAUUAAUCAGCUAAACACCUGGUUGAAGAGGAACGUUUUCACCUCGCACCUAAAGGUGUACAAAGAAGAAGAUUUAUUGCAUUGCAUUCAUGUAUAAAUGUUGCAUUAAAUACCAUAAACGUAGGGUUGUCAUUUAUAUUGUGCGUGGUGAUGACGUGUCAUUUUUUCCCAUGUUGCAAUGUGUGUGUGUACAUAUAUAGAGAAACAGAAUGUGUAAUAUAGCAAAUAAAAUUAAUUUUACUACACCA